GUUCCUCUGCAUUCUCGCCCACACUGCAGAGACUUCGACAUAUAGCCAUCAUGUCCGGACCUGCGCCAGCUCUCGAGUUGACGGAUGUGUCCGUGUUCUCUUCCGACACCGAGCCCGGACAGGUGAGCUCGGUCAUGCUUCAGUCAGACGAAGAGGCUGCCACCAAUGGUCAACUGAAUGAUACCGAGCGCCCUCUGGCUCCGGUUAUCAGUGAUGAGAUGAGAACAGAUCUUGCUCGCAUCGAGAUUCACCGCCUUGCUCUCGGCAAGGAUGACUUGAACAUCAGCGAUGCUGCCUUCGACGUCAAGGUACAGUCCCAAUUGAACUACUUUCCAUUCUGGUCGACAAGAAGACGGCAGGAUCCUGAUGUGUUACAGACAGCUCCUGGGCAUAUGGAGGACACCUACGUGGGCCACCAUUCCUGGCUUGCGUCUUGGUUCCCUCACAAUCCCGAUCAUAUCACGAUCUACUUCGUUCUGGACACGAAACGCCACAGCUUCUCCAUCCCCGAAGCCAUUCUUGUCCAGAACUUCGAAUUCUUCCAGGUCGCGCUGAGACUGAAACCCUCGUCGAUGGAGUGGAAGGAGCAGAUCGAAAGAAAGUUCGAAUGGGGACACAAAGAGGCUGGUGCUUUCGGACUACUCAUGAGCUUCCUUUUGACGGGAACGUUUCCGCAACAUCCGGAUCCCGAUGUGCGAUCGGCUGCCGGCAUGAUUGACGACUUCAUCAUGGCCAUCCGCCUGUCGGACUACACAGGCCUACGAUGCCACGAGCGCUUCGUCCGCGCCGUCUGCUUACGCGUCCGACAACUUCUUCUCGAGGAUCGCAAGGCACUCCAGCCUGUGCACGUUGGAAAGCUCUACAACCUCGCCGCCGACAAACGUUAUGAUUUUGAAGAGCUUGUCAAGGUCUUUUCUCAAGCAGCAGUGAAACCCUGGAUGCAUUGUUGGAUGGCCAAGUCGGCCAAACCGACAAUCGUGCGAUCCGUUGCCUACGAUGAUCACUGCGGCACCGACGCAGAUGAGUGGCGUCUCGUUGUAAAGCAUUAUAUCCAUCUGGUUGAUCACAGCGAGAAGUUCGCGGUCGACGUUGCGAGGCAGGUGCGCAGGACGAUGGAGGGGAGCAAGCGUCUCAACUCGGUUGCUUCGGCUACCCAGGACGGCGCCAACAAGACGAUUCACAAGCUUCCAGAGUCUCUCGACUAUGUUACGUAUCGGGACCCUCUUAUUCCUAGCGAGGGCAAGGCAAAGAUGCAACUCUUUACAAUCUGAGGACAGCCAUUCUACUCGGACUUGGAGUCUGAAGAGACCAAAUUGGAAGAUUGGCAGCAUUGGAAUGAGUUGGUGGAUAGGAACGGAUACUCGGGUGGAAUGUUUGUGGCUCAGAUUUGAUAGCAAGCCUGAUAAAGGCAGUGUAUACUGCGUAUGCAGCAUAUAUGGCUUGAGCAAUCGGUGUGUUGACGAACCACAGCUAUGUCAACCCGGAUAUCAAGGACUAGGCAAAAAUGGAACAAGCAAUCGAAUCAAACUUCAG